GCUGUAAUAGCAGCAGCAGCAGCAGCCAGAGUCUUGAGUCUCCUGCAGGCAAUAGGAUUCACAUCCAAGGCUGAAGCAUACCUUUUGGAACCCAGAAGAUAGGAGCUACAGAACCAUGCCCAGGGCAGCCUUUCCAUGGUCUCAUCUCUAUUUAAUGCAAACAUGAACAGAGUCUGCACAUUCUUUGAAGUAUAGUAAUUGAUUUUUGCAAGCUGCUGCCUUGAUCACAAUGAUAAUUUGAUUUGGUAUUUCUGUACUCUAUUGGAUGGAGGUUUCUUUUUUAUGUCCCCAAGAGAAGACAUGAUACAAGUAAUCUCAAAACAUAGAAUGGCUGCAAGGAAGAAUGACUUCCUGGAGAGGGGCAAUCAUUUUGCAAUUUAUUUUCCAAAAGGUGUAGAAGUCACUGGAGGAUUGGCUUAUCUAUUUUAAGAAAGAAAAAAAAUACAAAUUGAGUGGCUCUCUGAGGCUGUAGUAGGAAUAGUCCAAAGUUGAUUUUUUUAUAGAAUAAAAAAAGUGCAAAAAUGUCCAAGGGUGUUGGGGAAAGUUCUGUGGAAGACCUGGCAAAGGUUUCAGAUGAGGAGCUAAUGAAGUGGAGUAAAGAGGAACUGAUCCAGAGGCUCCGCAGGGCAGAGGCUGAUAAGAUGAGUGCUAUGCUGGAUCACAGCAACCUGAUCCGGGAGGUGAACAGAAGACUGCAGCUUCAUCUUGGAGAGAUCAGAGGGUUAAAGGAUGUAAACCAGAAGCUGCAGGAAGAUAAUCAAGAGCUUAGAGACCUAUGUUGUUUCUUGGAUGAUGACAGACAGAAAGGGAAAAGAAUUUCCAGAGAAUGGCAAAGACUUGGGAGAUAUGCUUCAGGAAUCAUGCAUAAAGAGGUUGCAUUAUAUUUACAGAAACUGAAGGAUCUGGAAGUAAGACAAGAAGAAAUUGUUAAAGAGAAUGUGGAAUUGAAAGAAAUUUGUGUGUUGCUAGAUGAGGAUAAAAUUGGGGGAGCUGGAAGCCGUUGCUCCAUUGACAGCCAGAAUAGUCUCUGUCAGUUAAAUACGACAGCCAGUACUUUUGUGCGAGAUGUUGGCGAUGGGAGCAGUACCUCCAGUGCAGGAAGCACAGACAGCCCGGACCAUCAUAAAUCUAACCUCACCAAUAGUCCAGAGCAUCUUCAAAAGAGUAGGGUUGAAGGAAGUCCUGAGCACCAGAAACGUGGAAGUGGCAGCCCUGAUCAUCUUCAAAAGCCUAGGAGUUCUGCAAGCCCUGAUCAACAGAAACACCCGAAAAGUGCAAGUCCUGAACAUCAUAAAAGCGUGGGUAAAAGUAGUCCUGAGCAACAAAAGCAUAUUUGUAGUAGCCCAGAAAAUCUACAAAAACAGAUAUUAUGUAGUAGCCCUGAACAUUUUAAAAUGCAUAGGUCUGGUGGUAGUCCAGAAUACCAAAAUCUCAGCAGUGGCAGCCCAGAACAUCUUCAAAAACACACAAUAAGUGGAAACUCAGACCAUCUUCAGAAAGCAAGGGGCAGUAGCCCUGAGCAUCUCAGACAACAUUUUGGAGGUAGUCCAGAACAUCUCAAACUUUUGAGUGGGAGCAGCAGGGAAGGCACCUUAAGGAGACAAGUAGCAGAUGAAAUGUCAUCUCAUCACAGAAGUGUGUACAAUGGAAUGAAUGGCUGUGUGGAGGAAACUUGGAGAUGCUGCAGGUUCAUGUCCUGGAAUUAGACAUUUGUCUGGGAAACAGUACAAGGGGCCAAUUUGAUUGCAGACACAUAUUGCCUGAGCCCUUCUGAUGAGAUGAUUUUAUCACACAUAUGAAGCCCUUGACAUGGGGCCUUCUGAACGCAUCACUGGAUAAAUUGAUUUAUUUAAAAAGGCACAAAUAAUUUAAUACAGUAUUUCAAGCUGCAAUGAUACCAUUUGAGGAGAAAUGCACACAUUAGUCUAAAGCACAUAUAAAAUAUAUUUUUAUGAUUGCAUUGCUAUUUGAGGCCAAACAAUAAACACAUUUCAUUUAAAAUGAAAAUCAUUUUCCAGUAUACCUUCCUGAAAUGUGGAAAUGUUCUAAAAGUCUUUACCUAUUAGAUAUAAUAUCAAAGAAUAAAAGCAAACAGUAACUGGUUAUUUCUUGAGUAUGAAAUACAUACCAAGUUGGAUAUUUUAAUUUAUUUUUCACAUUUAUCAGUAAUAUCAGUAUUGUAAGAGGUGGCAUGGGACUAUUUCCUGUAAUGUUAAACACAGUGAAUAACCUGCAUAUUAUAUAAUUAAAAUGUUUUCAAACUGUAACUAAAAAAAAA